AUGGGUGGGCACGUUAGUCGUGGUCGAGAUAAUCAGUCGCUCAUUGACGAACUGGUGCGAAACGGUCUCACAUUAAACCCAGAGACUGAGCGUGCUCUACGUCUAGUCGACAGAGGGGGUUACUUCAACGAGAAAAGCCCGCGAGCAUACAUGGAUAUGGCAUGGAGGUCUGGUUCUCUCCAUCUUUCAGCACCCAGCAUCUACAUUGUAGCUCUCAAAAACCUCGAUAUUCAACCAGGAAAUCGCUUUUUAAAUGUUGGUAGUGGAACAGGAUACCUUAGUACAGUCAUUGGCUUGUUACUAGGAUACAAUGGAGUUAAUCAUGGUAUCGAAGUGAAUGAUUUCAACGUUAAUUUUUCGCGUGAACACUUGGUGACAUUUUUGUCUGAAUGUGAUGCACCUUUCGAACGAUCGUUUUGUCCUCCGGUAUUCCUACACGGGAAUAUUUUAGAUUUGAUCGUUCGCCCAGUCCAACAGCCAGGUAUGGUUGAAAGAUUGAAUGAUUUCCCACAGCCUUCUGAAAUGAUUCAAAAUAAUCUAGAUACUCAUUUAAAUAACAGUGUUAUUAAUCCUGAAAAUAUAUGGACUUCAGAAGGAAGCCAAAAUCAUUCAUCGGACGCUACGAUGGAAGUAGAGGAGAAUGAUCAUGUGGUAAACGAAAAUAUCCAUCAAAAUGAUGAUCCGGAUAAUAAUAAUAAUGAUGAUGAUGAUGAUGACAAUGAAAAUGAAUCUGAUCCUAUCAAGUGGGAAGAAGAGUUUAUUGUUGAAUCGCCACCUUUGAUACACUCAGAUAGUAGUCAUCCGUUAUCUAAUCAAACAGAUACAAACGUACAACCCUGGCCAGUAUAUGAUCGGAUAUAUGUGGGGGCUGCUGUAACUAGCCGUCUUCAUUUACAAUCCAUACUACGAUUGCUCAAAGUUGGUGGUAUUCUAGUUGUUCCUUAUCGAGAUAAAUUCAUGAAGAUCAAACGGACAGAAGAAAAUAAAAUAACUGCAUCGGAAUUGAUGUCAGUUAGCUUUGCAACUCUCCUUCCAUCAAGAAUAGGUUCAGAAAAACAAGUCGAAUCGCCUCCUAAACAAAACGUGAUAUCAUUAGAAAAAUUAGCUGCCCGCAUAAUACGCAACCUUCUUCGAGGCGUCAUCGAGUUUCGUCAUAAUGGUCUACCCAUACUUGGCCAUAUGGAAGAAGUAGAAGAGGGGGAGGGUGAAGAAAAUACAAUGUGUGAUACAAAUGAAGAUUCUGAUACUCUGAUGAACAAUACUGACAUAGAAGAACUUGGUGAACCAAAUAGGGAAGGUGGUGAUAGUGUGUUACAACCUAGAAGUCCAGUUUCACAAAACUGUUCAAUGGCUCGAUUUCUGCACUAUUUGAUAAAUCACGCUGAGAUAGGCAACGACGGAUCACCUAUUGAAGAUACCAACUCAAACAGAACAAAUUCAGGUGAUGUGCAAAAUGAUACAACUGGAGAUAACGCUUUAGAUGCAGAAACUGGAGGUUUUGACGGAACCGCAACCGAAAAUCACCACAGUAAUUCACCUUAUCUACGAAUCAAUUUUUGUCGCUUUUUAAAUGGUGUUAGUAAUACGAUUAUCGGGACAUCUACUGUUUGUGAACAUAGUAACGAGGACGAAGAUAACCAAAUCAAUGGGAUUCUGAAUACAAGUGCAUCUGUAGAUAACGAAUCGACAAUUGAUGAAGAUGUAAAGAACAAAUCUACACCUCACAAACAACGAAAAAAAUAUCGUUGGGUUCCCCCAAGCUACACUUACAAAGAAGAAAUGAAACGUAUGCUUUCUGAAGAAUUACGUCUUGGGAAGCCUUUAAUUCGAUCUGUGAUUACAUUGUGA